AUGGAAAAAUUGCUUCUCCAGUGGAUCAACGAGAAGCAACUCGCAAGGGAUACGAUUACGGAGACCAUCGUCUGCGAGAAAGCAGGAGCACUGUAUGGGGAUCUCCUGAAGAAGAGCCCUGGAACAUCGACGGAGGAGACAUCAGCAGACGCAUUUAAGGUCAGUCGCGGCUGGUUUGAUAAUUUCAAGAAGCGGACUGGAUACGAGAAGCAGUGUGCUCUGACACGAAAGAAACUGAAGAUUUCGUGCGUGAAUCCGUCAGCUCAUUGUAGUCAAGGGGUACAUCGCACAAUAGGUAUUCAACUUGGAGACUUGAAGAUUAAGCUGUUCCUUGUCUACCAUUCCGAAAACCUACGAACGUUCAAGUCAUACAAAAUCCUGAAGGAGAAGCAGCAGGUCAUGUGGAGGGCAAACAUUAAAACCUGGGUCACCAGGCAAUUCUUCUCUGAGUGGGUCAACCUUGUCUUCGGACCAGGAGUGAAAAAGUACCUUCUGGAGAACAGUCUUCCUCUCAAGGCCCUCCUCAUCCUCGACAAUGCUCCUGCUCCCCCUUCUAGCCUCGAAGAUGAUAUCCUGGACGAAUUUAAAUUUAUAAAAGUUCUGUACCUUUCACGUAACACCACUCCUAUCUUGCAGCCCAUGGACCAACAGGUGAUUUCUAAUUUUAAGAAAUUGUACACCAAAAACCUGUUUAGUCUGUGCUUUGAAGUCACCGAAAAUACAAGUCUAACUCUUCGUGAGUUUUUGAAGAAGCACUAUAACAUUGUAAACUGCCUGAAAAUCAUCGAUAUGGCCUGGCAGGAUGUAACGAGGAGAACGCUGAAUUCUGCAUGGAGGAAACUGUGGCCUGACUGCGUAUCCGAAAGAGACUUCGAGGAGUUUAAGUUUGAGACACCUGUAGUCGAGGAGAUAGCAUCGCUUGGCAAGUCCAUGAGCCUCGAGGUUGAUGAUGAGGACAUUAACGAUCUUGUCGAGGAAUACUCAGAGAAGCUGACGACAAAUGAACUCCUGCAGCUUCAGAAGCAACAGUAUUUGGAUGCGGUGGAAGAGAUUGGUUCCCCGGAGGAGGACAGUGUAGCGGAGAAUGCUAUCUCUGCGAGGGAUAUAAAGGCAGUGUUGACGAAGUGA